UCGAGUUCAUUGUGGGAGUCGGACGGAGGCUGGUGGAAAGAGAGAGAGAUAGAGAGAGAGAGAGAGAGAGGGAUCAUAAUAGAGGGAUCUGCAGGUCGGGACAUCUGUGUGCGCACUUGAACUUUAAUGUGAAUUGACACCCAGGCUUUAGGGAGUAUACCAGCCCAAAGAGGAACGAGUGUGGUGAGAUGGAGGAUGGGAAGCCGGUGUGGGCGCCUCACCCUACUGACGGGUUCCAGCUGGGCACCAUUGUGGACAUUGGUGCUGACAGUCUGACCAUCGAACCCCUCAAGGAAAAGGGCAAGACGUUUCUCGCUUCUGUCAGCCAAGUGUUUCCGGCUGAGGACGACAUCAACAAACAUGUCGAGGACAACUGCUCAUUGAUGUACUUGAAUGAGGCUACACUUCUGAACAACAUCCGUGUGCGCUACAGUAAAGAUAAAAUUUAUACGUAUGUAGCCAACAUUCUGAUAGCGGUGAAUCCCUACUAUGACAUCCCGAAGCUCUAUUCGCCCGACACCAUCCAGCAGUACCGGGGCCGAUCUCUGGGGACGCUCCCACCGCACGUGUACGCCAUCGCUGAUAAAGCCUACCGUGACAUGAAGGUGCUGAAGAUGAGUCAGUCGAUCAUUGUCUCUGGCGAAUCAGGUGCUGGAAAGACCGAAAACACAAAGUUUAUACUUCGGUAUUUAACAAUGUCAUAUGGGACGGGCCAAGACAUCGAUGAGAGGAUAGUUGAAGCAAAUCCUCUGUUGGAGGCGUUCGGGAACGCUAAAACAGUCCGCAACAACAACAGCAGCCGCUUUGGCAAGUUUGUGGAGAUUCAUUUUAACGGAAAGAACGCGGUGGUCGGAGGUUUCGUGUCUCACUACCUUCUGGAGAAAUCACGUAUCUGCACACAGGGUCAGGACGAGAGGAACUACCACGUCUUCUACAGGCUAUGUGCCGGAGCACCAGAGGACAUCCGCGAGAAAUUCCACCUGUCCUCUCCAAACUCCUUUAGGUACCUAAACCGAGGAUGUACACGCUACUUCGCUACGAAGGACACGGACCAGAAGAUCUUACAGAACCGCAAGAGCCCAGAGCACCUGAAGGCAGGCCCUCUGAAGGACCCACUGCUGGAUGACAAUGGCGAUUUUAACCGCAUGGUGGUGGCCAUGAAGAAGAUUGGCCUAGACGACGCUGAGAAGCUGGAUCUGUUCAGGGUGGUGGCUGGAGUCCUCCACCUCGGCAACAUUGACUUUGAGGAAGCGGGCAGCACUUCAGGAGGCUGUAACUUAAAGAGGCAGUCGAGUCAGGCUCUGCAGCACUGUGCCGAGCUCCUGGGGUUGGAUGAAGAAGAUCUACGAGUCAGUCUCACCACCAGAGUUAUGCUCACAACAGCAGGAGGCGCUAAAGACACUUCUAUCAAGGUUCCUCUGAAAGUGGAGCAGGCGAAUAACGCGCGAGACGCUUUAGCCAAGGCCGUUUACAGCCGUCUGUUCGAUCACGUGGUCACCCGAGUCAAUCAGUGCUUCCCCUUUGAAUCCUCGGCUAAUUUUAUCGGCGUGCUGGACAUUGCCGGCUUCGAAUAUUUUGAGCACAACAGUUUCGAGCAGUUCUGCAUCAACUACUGUAAUGAGAAGCUGCAGCAGUUCUUCAAUGAGCGCAUCCUCAAAGAGGAGCAGGAGCUGUAUCAGAAAGAGGGACUGGGAGUGAAUGAGGUGAAAUACGUUGACAAUCAAGACUGUAUAGACCUGGUAGAGUCAAAGCUAGUGGGCAUCUUGGACAUUUUGGAUGAAGAAAACCGUCUACCUCAGCCAAGCGAUCAGCACUUUACUGAAACUGUCCACAGCAAGCACAAAAACCACUUCCGUUUAAGUGUUCCCAGGAAGUCGAAGCUUACAGUGCACAGGAACGUGAGGGAUGAUGAAGGGUUCAUCAUCAGACAUUUUGCAGGAGCUGUGUGUUAUGAGACGAGCAAGUUUGUGGAGAAGAACAAUGACGCUCUGCACAUGUCCUUGGGGAGUCUCAUUAGCGAGUCAAAGGAUCGGUUUAUCCGCGAGCUCUUUGAGAACUCCAACAGCUCCAAAGACGUCAAGCAGAAAGCGGGCAAGCUCAGCUUCAUCAGCGUGGGCAACAAAUUCAAGACCCAGCUGAACAUCCUGCUAGACAAGCUCCGCAGCACGGGCUCCGGUUUUAUCCGCUGUGUGAAGCCCAACUUGAAGAUGGUGAGCCACCGGUUUGAAGGCUCGCAGAUCCUGUCACAGCUCCAGUGUUCAGGGAUGGUGUCAGUUCUGGACCUGAUGCAGGGUGGCUUCCCUUCCCGCGCUCCCUUCCACGAGCUCUACAACAUGUACAAGCAGUACAUGCCUCCCAAACUCACCCGGCUGGACCCCCGGCUUUUCUGCAAGGCUCUGUUCAAAGCUUUGGGCCUGAAUGAAAAGGACUACAAGUUUGGACUUACACGAGUCUUCUUCAGACCUGGAAAGUUUGCCGAGUUUGACCAGAUAAUGAAGUCGGAUCCGGAUCAUCUGGCUGAACUGGUGAAACGGGUCAACAAGUGGCUCAUCCGCAGCCGCUGGAAGAAGGUGCAGUGGUGUGCUCUGUCCGUCAUCAAACUGAAGAAUAAGAUGCUAUAUCGGGCCAAUGCCUGCGUUAAGAUGCAGAAGACCGUGCGCAUGUGGCUGUGCAAGAGAAAACACAAACCUCGCAUCGAUGGCUUGGUGAAGCUGCGCAGCCUGAAGAAGAGGAUCGCCAUGCUCAACGAGGUUGUGACCGGUCUCAAAGAGAGCAAACAGGAAAUGAGCAAACAGAUCCAGGACCUGGAUGCCUCCAUCGACACACUCAUGCGCAAGAUUAAGAGCACCAUGAUGAGCCGCAUAGACAUGGAUCACGAGCAUCAAGCGCUGGUGACGCGCUCCGAGCGCCUCCUCUGUGCCAUGCAGAAACAGAAGCAGGAGGAGGAGGAGCGUGAGAGACUGCGCCACAUCCAGGAAGAGAUGGAGAAAGAGAGGAAGAGGAGGGAGGAAGAGGAGAGACUCCGCAAACAAGCAGAGGAGGAGAGACGCCUGAAAGCAGAGAUGGAGUUGAAGAGGAAACAGGAAGAAGAGGAAAGGAAAAAGAGGGAGGAAGAGGAGAGAAGAUUGCAGGAGGAGAUGGAGCGGCAGAUACAGGCCGAGCGAGAGGAAGAGGCGGCCCGGCAGGCGGUACUGGAGCAGGAGAGGCGGGACCGAGAGCUGGCUCUGCGAAUCGCUCAGAGUGAGGCGGAGCUUAUUCCUGAGGACACGGGAGAUAGCGGACUGCGCAGUAAUGGCAGUGUCCCAUCAUCCCCCGAGAGAGCAACUGUUCCUGCACCACAAAACCUCAAGGGUUUGACCAUGGAAGAAAUGGCCCAGGAAAUGUCCGAGCUUCUGGCUAGAAGUCGGCAGGUGCAAGCCACGAAGGCUGCGGCCGGCACCAAGAAGCACGAUCUUAGCAAGUGGAAGUACGCAGAGCUCCGAGACGCCAUCAACACUUCCUGUGAUAUCGAGCUGUUGGCUGCAUGCCGAGAGGAGUUCCACCGCAGGCUGAAGGUCUACCAUGCCUGGAAAUCGAAGAACAAGAAACGCAACACCGAGGCCGAGCAGAGGACUCCCAAAUCCCUCACGGACUAUGGUUGUGCACGCCAUGUGAUAAAUGUGUCCCAGAACUACGUGGCGCCUCCAAUCCCGGCCCGGCAACAUGAGAUCCUGAUGAACCGGCAGCAACGCUACUUCCGCAUUCCCUUCAUCCGCCCCGGAGAUCAGUACAAAGACCCACAGAAUAAGAAGAAGGGGUGGUGGUACGCACACUUCGAUGGAUCCUGGAUCGCCAGGCAGAUGGAGCUGCACCCUGAUAAACAUCCCAUUCUGCUAGUGGCCGGCAAGGAUGAUAUGGAGAUGUGUGAGCUGAAUUUAGAAGAGACAGGUCUGACCCGUAAGCGUGGAGCGGAAAUCCUUGCCCGGCAAUUCGAGGAGAUCUGGGAGCGCUGCGGAGGAAUCCAGUAUCUGAGGAACGCUAUUGAGAGCCGACAGGCACGGCCCACCUACGCCACGGCCAUGCUGCAGAACUUGCUCAAGUAGACACACAUACAAUCACACACUCAGUCGGUCAACCAUUAAACCAUGGCCAUGCUGCAGAAACAGCUCGAGGAGACACACACACUCACACACACGCGCACACACACACACACACACACAUACUCACUUUAUCUUAACCAAUAAACCUCGAUCAUACUGCAAAAACUGCUCAAGCACACACACUUGAGCAGUACACACACUCACACAUGCAUACACACACAUGUAACCAGCCAAGCCAUGGCUGUGCCAGACCAUGCUCCAGCACACACACACACACACACACACAGUCUAGCGUCUAGGUAUUUUUCUAGUUUGAAGAGAAGAAUGCAGUUUCUCUCAUAGUCAGAAUUUAGAUAGUAAUUCACUUCAGACUCACUUCUGUUUCUCAGUUCACCAAUGAACUUGUUUUUAUUGACAUUUUGUCUUUUGCCCUCUAAAUUUUUGCCCUCUUAAUUAGUUCCCUUUUGCCUGUUUUGCUCUUUAAAUUUGUCACAUUAAUUUACAGUGAAUUUGGUGCAUUGUUAUGCUUUCACUCAUCCAUAACUGCAACUUUGAGGCCUUAAUAACUGCAAUUGGCAGGGUGAUUCCUUUUAAGACGCAUCUCAGUGUACCAUUUUGUAUAUUAUCUGAUAAAUAUUAAUAAGCAAGUGUUAAUAAUUCAGUCAUUCCUGUAGGGAUAUUCCAUUUUUGCAACUGUAUAGUUAUCACAGCUUCUUAAAAGUCUUAACUUCUUUAUAUUUAAAUGAAAAUAGCUUAAAUGAAGAAUUUCACCAACUGGCAGGAAAAAAAUUUGCACACAAUUACAAUAAUAGUUGUAAUGAUAACAAUAGUCUUUUAUUGUUUGUUAAUUAUUUUCAUGGUAACGAUAGGAUUUUGUCAGUUACUGUUUACACUCGAGUAAAAACCCUCGUCUGUAGUUCAGGUCUAAACUCUAAACGAUGCACUAUAUUUUUCUGAGCGAUUUUUCUAGCAUUCCUUAACCUGUAUUGUUAAGCUGUACCUGAUGAUCUUCCAGCUUCAACUGAAUGUACAGAAAUUUUUACACAAUUUUACACAAAGUCCUUAAAGAUGUAAAAUUGAGAACUAGAUUGUGUUUCACUGAAUAACUUUAAUCAUACUUGUUCUGUUGAAAUCGUUCCUGAAUUUUCAUUGUGCUACUCAAGAAGGAUUAACAUUAAUUUUGGAGGAAAAAGAACUAUAAUGAUGUUUCUAAAUUAUACAUUUUAUUUGUUGUCGAUGAAUGAAGUGUAAUGAAAUGUAUGCAAUACUUUAAUUAAGGAAUACAUUUUUUGAAACGAGUGUGGAGUUGUGUUUGCUCUGGUUUUGGUUGGACCAAAUACGUAUUCUAGCAAAUAACUAAUGUCUCUAAUGGGGGGAUGCAGCUUUUGUACAAAGCUAAACAUUAGGUUGGCUGAUGAGGAAACGAUGGUGUAUAACUGUUAGAAAAAGUAAUAAAUAACAGGAAUUAACUUCACAGAUGUUCUACAACAUCAAAUGUAAUAAUAAACAGACAAAAAAGUAUGUCAUUCUUUAAUUAAUGACAUACUUGUUGGCAAAUUCCUGUGGCAUAAGAGAAAUAAAACACUUUGGUUUGUGCUACAA